UAACCAUGGGAACUAAAGUAUAAACAUAGUGUAUCUAAACCAGUUAUAACAUAACCCAUAACGAUUCUAUUUUAACCAGUAUUGCUCAGUGAAUAUUUAAUAUGAGAUUCAAGAUAUCUGUACAAGAAAAUAAUAGUCAUAAACGUUUACUUACUUGCGUCGCUUGGAAUUCGACAGAAGAACUUUAUUCGUGUGGGGAAGAUCAUUUAUUGAUAUGUUGGCGUUUAGAAAGUGGUACUGCACAUUCCACUAUUAUAACAGAAUUUCCAAAUGACUUUUAUCCUACGGAUAUGCAAUGGCAUCCAUAUUCUAACCAAGCUCCUUCUAUCACCAAGCAAUCAUCUUUAGAUGUAUUAUUAAUUACAACAGCUGAUGGAAAAUACCAUUUAGUCAAUAAAAAUGGUCGCAUCGAAAAAAGUAUUGACGCUCAUAAAGGUGCAACAAUAUUAGGCAGGUGGAGCAAUGAUGGUUCUGCAUUAUUGACAGCUGGAGAAGAUGGAUUCAUCAAGAUAUAUUCACGAAGUGGUAUGCUUCGUUCUACAUUGGUAAAAGCAAGUUUGCCUGUACUAACAUCAAGUUGGAGUCCUGAUUCUUCAAUGAUUUUGUAUUCUCAAGGUGGAAAUUUACUUCUUCAGCCAUUUAAUUCCAAUUGCAAACCACGCAAGGUAAUUAAACAUAACCUUUUCCUUACCAAAGAAAAUUAGCUAUUAUUAUGGUUUU